UAAAGGCUUGGCUGGACCCAGGACGGCACGUGGAUGAUGAGGACCUGAAGACAGAGGUGUACUAUGGUCAGGCGUAGAAAGACUCAAGUAGUGAUGUUACCAGAAGUGCCGAGUCGUCAAAGCGCGUAUCGAGUAAUGUAGGCGGGGUUACCAUGAAGCAUGGGCCGAUGUUUGCUUCAUCUGGGGGAGGAGCCACAAUGAUGACGUCUGAAGCUUCACUGCCGGGUUCUAUCACAUGAUUGGUUAAGGAAGUGGUUCAAAUCUGUAACGGCUUUAUAAACCCGCCGGGUCCCGAUCAAAAUGUGGGUUUUUGGAGGAGAGUUGCGAUUAGUUGAGGAUUUGGAUAGAGGUAGGAUAGCGUUGAUUCAAUAUAUUUUGCAGAUAGAGUAGGUGUUCAGGGAAAGAUAGAUUUAUUUAGGAAAGUGAGGAUAUUUAUUGGAUAGGAUGGAGCCAGCAAGGAAGAGGAGGAUCUCCCCUGUAUGGGAACACUUUGAUCUGAUAUCUCCUAAAAAGGUGAGAUGUUUAGUGUGUGCCAAGGAAUUGGGAUACAAUAACAACACCUCAUCCAUGUUAAGGCAUUACCGUGCCUUUCAUGAGAAUGAGGACGAAGUAGGAGCUUCAUCUUCCCAUGCCACCAGAAAACAGGAACUUGAUGAAGCCCUUGUUUCUAUGAUUGUGAAGGACACACAACCCUUCACUAUUGUGGAAGAUAUUGGAUUCAGGGGGUUUGUGUCCAAACUGGAUCCCAAUUAUGUUCUCCCUACAAGGCAGGCUUUGAAGGCCAUGGUGGAGGUCAAAUAUGAGGCAGAAAAGGAGAAGACAAAGGCUAAAAUUCAAAAGGCAGCUGCUGUUAGCCUUACUUCAGAUAUGUGGACAUCCAUGAAUUUGGAUGCCUACCUGGCUAUAACUUGCCAUUUUGUUGGUGAGAAGUCUAAGCUCUGCUCAGUGUUGUUGGGAGUGCAAGAAUUCCCCCAGUCACACACCGCUGAAAAUAUUGCUCACGAGAAAGCCUCAUUGAUGGCGGAAUGGGGAAUCACCAAUAAAGUGACAUGUUUUGUCACAGAUGGUGCUCCCAACAUGGUUGCGUGUGUGAGAGAGCUAAAGCUUCGGCAUCACAUUUGCAUUGCCCAUACUCUUAAUCUGGUGGUUAAGAAAACACUGGAGCAGAACCCAAUCCUCUCUGGCAUCCGGGCCAAAGCAAGGAAGCUGGUUGGCUUCUUUAGAAGCAGCACUACUGCCAAGGAGAAGUUUACACAAGUGCAGCUUCAUAUGGGCAUGCCUGUAAGAAAACUCUUGCAGGAAGUGGAGACCAGAUGGAACAGCACAUAUCUGAUGCUCCAACGUCUGGUUGAUCUCAGAGAGCCUGUUGGAGCAGCUUUAGCAGGACUACAACAUGACAUUCCCAUGAUCACCUCAGAAGAAUUUAAAAUUGUCGAAGGUUGUAUGUCUUUGCUGUCCCCCUUUUAUGAGGCCACUGUAGAGCUGUCGGCAGAGGAAAACGUAUCUGCUUCUAAAGUCAUACCUCUUCUGAAAAUGCUGGAACAAAAUCUCCAGGAGGAAAUGACAAAACCAGGUCCUCCUGCAGCAUUGGAAAUGGGAGAAGUGCUCAUCAGGCAGUUACGGGAGAAGCUGUACACAUUACAGUCAAUGAGUAUAAUGUCACUUGCCACACUCCUGGAUCCCCGGUUCAAAAUUAUUGGAUUCUUCAGUCAAACAAAAGCCACUGAAGCUGUGAAGCGACUGACUGCAGAAUGCUCAACAAUUAUAAGGUCACAGCAAACCCGAGAGGACAUCCCCCAGGCAUCUACCUCUAAUGAAGUCACUGGAGGUAGCAAACUUUGGCAUCGUUUAGACGUCAGCGUCAUGGAGACAAGAACGUCACAAAAUGCAACUGUGGAUGCUACUGUGGAGGUGCAGCGAUAUUUGUCCGAACCAAACAUUGGAAGACUUGAAAACCCUCUGGAGUACUGGGAGAGACAACAACUCAUCUACCCAACCCUGUACAAACUUGCAAUUGCCUUUCUGUCCACACCCGCAUCUUCUGUUCCCUGUGAAAGAGUCUUUUCUAAAGCAAGAGAAGUUGUGUCUAAAAGAAGGAAUCGCUUGAAACCAAAAACUGUCGAGAAACUCUUGUUUCUAAAUAAAAUUGAAUAACCCUCCCCAUCUUGAACAUCAUAUUUCCAGUUACAUAAGCACUGUAUGGCCUUUUACAAGUUCCACAAGCACUCAAAUAUGUUGACAAAACAGAUUAAGAAUAUAGUAUACCUUAUUUGUGAUUAUUUUGUAAAGACAUUUUUCAGUCAUACAUGUUUUGCUAUUCAUAAUAAUUCCCAUAGUGUUAAUUGUAUUGUAACAAGUGAUUCUGGUGAAGAAGCCUGUAAUUCCAAACUUGGCCAGUAGAUGGU